AUGCACCCCUUUUCCAUCCUCACCCUUGGGAUCUUUGUCGCGGGCUACAUCACCGCUCGGUGGGACCUUGUAACCCGCCUGUACGAAUUGGCUAUUUUUGCGUGGGACCACGGCGUUGUGGCUCGUUCUAAGAGUCCGGAGAAGGAUGACAAUAUGCUCAUGAGUGAUGGGCUAUUGCGGGUAUUCUGGCCAUAUGAUCUCCCGCGAUCCUCGUCGCCAGGAGUAAUUGUUGGAUGGCGGAACUCGGAGCUAGAUCUAUUCGUGCUCACGGUGUUGGAAGAUGUCGAGCCACGCAAUGUCGACAAUGCGCUCCGCGCAGGUAUUCUCUUUAGGAAUAGCCCACACCCGAUCGUUCGCAUCUUUACCUUGUGCGGCCGAUCGCAGAUGCACGUCCUUGGCUCGACGAAUCCGCAGUCACCUUCGACCUCGUUCAAUCCUUCCCAUCUUUACGUGAAUACACAAUCCACAUCCAAGGUUCCUCAGAUAUAUUGUCCUCCGGGCACGAAUUUGUCUGUUCAGGUUAUCAUGUAUGAUCGCCCGCAUCCGACUCGUAUGGAGUACAUGUCUUUGAAUCCCAUCUCGCUGGCAUUGGGUGAUAAGGUCGCGGCGUCAGAAAAGUUUGGCCCAGUUUCGGACAAGAUUGAGUCGGAAGAGGAGAGGGAAAAAGUGAGGGGCCGGCUGCUGGUUGAGAAACUCAAGUUUCACACAGUUGUGAAGCAUGCGCCCUCGCAGAAGGAACAGGCCCUUCCAUUGAUCAUCAACCAGGUCAAUUGUGCAUACGAAAUGGCCCAGCUGAUGCACAAGAAUACUCACCUCAUCGGUAUCCGUGCCAAGCGGAGUAUGAGUGUUGGAGAGCGCGUGGUCGAGUCUGCUACGACAUUGUGGGGAUUCAUUGUCCUCUGCCUAGCUCACGUCUUUUGGCAGUGGAUAUGGCCCGUCAUCACUAGGAUCUUCGUUAUAGGACUUGUGGGUCAUCGAUCUGUCGCAGAGAUUGUUUUGCAAAUCCUUGAGUGGCGAGCUCGACCGGAUGCUGCUGCUCUCAAGGAUAUCUCUGCGACCGCCCAGCAAGUGGAUAUUCGAUUGCAGCAAUUCUGCUACUGGCCUAUUCAGUAUGUCAAACUUCGACAACGAAAAGAUAACUGGGAAAGCGUGACUACCAGCCACCCGGAUUAUAUCCGGUUCUAUAACAGCUUGUGGCUCGUCGCUAAUGAUGUGAUCAUCGGCAUCGCUCUCGGGUCGUAUAUCAUCGACAAUGCAAACUGGGUAGCAUCGCAAAUCAAUACUGUCCUGACGGGCUGGACUGUGGAAGGCCUGCAACGCACCAUCUCUUGGUUGAUGGAUUGGCCUGCUGGUUUGAAGUUGAACAACGAACUCGCAGCAUUCCUUGGUGACUUGUUCUUGUGGGUUAUUGAAAACUGGGCCGCGUGCAUUGCCAAUUUGCAACCAUACCUCCCACAUGUUAUCUACAUUGUGGGUUGCUCCAGCUUCGCCGGCGCCAGCAUGCCCAUCGCCCUAUUCUCCGACCUUCUCUCGAUUCUCACCGUCCACAUCUACUCUUUCUACAUUGCCUCUGCUAGAAUCUUCAACUGGCAACUUACCAUCAUCAUUUCUCUGUUCCAUCUCUUCCGUGGAAAGAAGCGCAACGUUUUGCGCAAUCGGAUAGAUUCAUGCGAUUACGACCUCGACCAACUCUUGCUUGGCACCAUUCUGUUUACCGUCCUCUUCUUCCUCCUCCCUACUGUGAUUGUCUUUUAUCUAACCUUCGCCUCGGCUCGAAUGUUGAUCAUCACUAUAAAGGCUGGAUUCGAUACGUGCCUGGCCUUUUUGAAUCAUUUCCCACUCUUCGCAUUGAUGUUGCGUGUGAAAGACUCGAGACGACUACCCGGUGGCAUCCGGUUCGAACUCCGGGAUGCAUUGACAAAGGGACCUAAUGAAACAGAGUCCCCGGCUGUCUCUUACAUUCACCUCGAGUCCAUCCCCCUCCCGCUCCGCGCGAUGUUCGACCAAUACUUCCAACUCGGCCACCGACUCCGCACACAUUAUCUAGCACCCCGAGUCAUCUUUUGUCUUAUGACGGGCCGCUUCGUCCCGCCCAUUCACCGCCGCAACCUGUACAGCAUGCAAUACAGUAUGCUGCCCGCACGGCGUGCAGGCAUGGCGGAAGUUUGGUCAAUGUUGACACAGCCCAAGAAGGGCGGUAGUGGGAGUGGAAGCUCUGGCUCCGUGGGGGGAAUGGGGGCUUUAGGCAAUCCGGUUCCCAAGGUUCCGCCUAAUUUUGGACAGGGAGAUGUUCGUCGACGGGGGCAUCGGUGA